AUGUCGGAAGGAGUAGAAGCGAUAGUCCCGAGUGGAAAUGACAACGGAACAGAUCAGAUAAAUGGAAACCGCACCGGUAAAGACGAUGAACAUCAAGACGGUAACUCCGGUGGCUCUCAACUUAGCAAUUUCCUCUGGCACGGUGGCUCUGUUUGGGACGCUUGGUUCAGCUGCGCAUCUAACCAGGUGGCGCAAGUGCUAUUGACGUUACCGUAUUCGUUCAGUCAAUUAGGGAUGUUAUCAGGAAUAGUACUUCAGAUCUUCUAUGGAUUACUAGGAAGCUGGACUGCUUAUCUCAUCAGUGUUCUCUACGUUGAAUACAGAGCUCGUAAAGAAAAAGAAGGCAAAAGCUUCAAAAACCACGUUAUUCAGUGGUUCGAAGUACUAGAUGGAUUACUUGGGUCAUACUGGAAAGCAUUAGGACUCGCAUUUAAUUGCACUUUCCUCUUAUUUGGAUCUGUAAUCCAACUCAUUGCUUGUGCCAGUAACAUUUACUACAUCAACGAUCACUUGGACAAGAGAACAUGGACUUACAUAUUUGGCGCGUGUUGUGCAACCACUGUGUUUAUACCUUCUUUUCAUAAUUACCGAAUUUGGUCAUUCCUUGGUUUGGGUAUGACCACUUACACUGCCUGGUACUUAGCCAUUGCCUCCAUUAUCCACGGCCAGACGGAAGGUGUAAAACACUCAGGUCCAACAAAGCUAGUGCUUUAUUUUACUGGAGCCACCAAUAUCUUAUACACCUUUGGUGGUCACGCAGUUACUGUUGAAAUCAUGCAUGCGAUGUGGAAACCGCAGAAGUUUAAGUACAUUUACUUGAUGGCUACGUUAUAUGUUUUCACACUAACAAUUCCGUCAGCUUCAGCAGUUUACUGGGCCUUCGGAGACGCACUUCUCGACCAUUCCAACGCUUUCGCUCUCCUCCCUAAGAACGCGUGGCGUGAUGCCGCCGUUAUCCUCAUGCUCAUUCACCAAUUUAUAACGUUCGGAUUCGCGUGUACGCCAUUGUAUUUCGUGUGGGAGAAAGUGAUUGGAAUGCAUGACACAAAGAGCAUUUGCUUGAGGGCUUUGGCUAGAUUGCCUGUGGUUAUACCGAUAUGGUUCUUAGCUAUCAUUUUCCCGUUUUUCGGUCCUAUCAAUUCCGCGGUUGGUGCUCUUCUGGUUAGCUUCACCGUCUAUAUCAUCCCUGCACUCGCUCACAUGCUCACUUACCGAUCUGCCUCCGCUCGUCAGAAUGCGGCGGAGAAGCCACCGUUCUUCAUGCCGAGCUGGACGGCGAUGUACGUGUUGAACGCUUUCGUGGUGAUUUGGGUACUAAUAGUCGGAUUCGGGUUUGGUGGAUGGGCUAGUGUAACCAACUUUGUUCGUCAAGUCGACACUUUUGGUCUCUUUGCUAAGUGUUACCAAUGUAAACCAGCGGUUCCAGCUGCGGCCGCGCAUGCUCCGGUCUCGGCCUUACACCACCGUCUUUGA